AUGUCUAAGAGAACAGCACUCGUGACUGGUUGUUCCGAUGAUGGUAUGGGGAGCGCCUUGGCGAUAGCUUUACACUCAGCUGGUUUCCGUGUCAUUGCAUCAGCACGAGAUGUGAACAAACUAUCUGAAGUCAGAAGCCGUGGCAUCGAAACUGUCGCCUUGGACGUCCAAUCAGAAAAAUCGAUCCAGGAAGCGGUACUGCAAGUCUCAGAUCUGACCGGAGGGUCUCUGGACGUACUCAUCAACAAUGCUGGGAUAGGUUACUCGGCACCCCUGUCAGACACCUCGAUCACAAAAUCCAAAGAGAUUUUCGAUGUUAACGUGUGGGGACUUCUUUCCACUACACAAUUGUUUCUGCCACUAUUGCUGCAGUCAAAGAAGAACCCCAUGGUUGUCAACAACACCUCGAUUGACUCAGUGAUCUCAGCACCAUUUUCAGGAGUGUACAACGCCUCCAAAGCCGCGGCAGCAAUGAUAACGGGCAAUCUUCGUCUUGAACUUUCCUCUUUUGGUAUCAAGGUUAUAGACUUGAAGGCUGGCGGUGUCAAGACCAAAUUUUGGGUCAAUGCCAAUCAAGUGGAACCCAAACUACCACCAAACUCACUCUACACGGCUGCCAGCACUUCGAUCGAAAAGUGCAUGAGGGGAGAACAAUAUGACGCCAAUGCUGUUGACAGGCAUACAUGGGCCAAAGCGGUUGCGAGCGAUAUUUCGAAGAGUAGUCCUCCACUCAAGAUCUGGCGAGGUGAUUCAGCUUUCCUGAUCUGGAUUGGAACGUUUCUUCCAAUGACUGCAUUUGACAGUACAUUGAAGAAAAUGACGGGAUUAGCCGAGCUGGAAAAGCAGAUACGCGUUCAAGGGAAGGACAAGAUCGUGGCUGAUUCGGGAUUCGUAAACAAGGCAUUGCACCGGGCUGGGCUUGUGGCGUCGAGCUCAUGA